AAACAUAAUUUUUUUCCAUUGCACAAAAGGUUCUUAAGAUUAGAGCCAUUUUUGUUUCUCAAAGAACCUUUCAGCGAACAGAAAAUAACCUUUUGUGGCAUGGAAAAGAUGUUCUUCAUGGAACCAUCGAUGCCAAUAAAAAACCUUGAUUUUGAAGACUGUAGAACAUUUCCAUUUCACAAAUGGUUCUUAAGAUUAUUAAAAUGUUUUAUUUAAGAACUGAUCACCGAAGGUUCUUUGGGGAACCUAAAAUGGUUCUUCUAUGCAAGAAAUUCUGAAACUAGACAUUAGAAAUGACUGUGGCUGUAAUGCGAGAUUACUCUGCUCUUAAAAUCUCCAUUUGCUCUGUUUGGGAGACACAGCUGUGAUACUGAAGCUUUUAUCUGUUCAUUUUAUUUCUCGUGAGCAGGAAGAAGCCGGUGAACGCCUUCAUGAGGCUGGGAGAGUCUCUCGUCUGGGUCAAGGCAGGUCUGUUUGUAUACAAUCACGUCAGAGGCUCCACCCCAAGUGUCCGCCGGCUGAUGCAAUGCGACCGGCGAAUAUAAACCGAUCUCAGCAGCAUCAGAACACGACUGUGAUACCGGACGCGCCCAGAGGACAUCUCCGUUAAUCUCCAACAUUAAUAUUAAUGUUACAGAUUUUAGGGUUUAUAAGUAUUACAGUGUUUCUAUUUAUGGUUAACAUACUUUAAUAAUUUUAGGAUAUUUAUUUAACCUAUUGUCUACCGCGGUACAUUCUUUGAAGGAUCAAUCGUUAUCUGUUUUGUAAUUGAUCACUGGAACAUUCUUCACGGUUGGGAGGGUUUGGUCAUUUUUUUCCAUUCACAGCGGAGCUGAAGAAACGGAUUUGUCUUUUUUUUUUAAUUCUCGAGAAUAAACAAAGCCCCUGCAAUUAAAAAGAUGAGUCGUUUUGAAAAUGCUCCAGACAUGGACAGCAGCAGUUACUACAGCAAUGAGUUCACAAAGUCUCUGGACAAUCUCACCAGUGUCUCCCUCAACGGAAUGAGCAAAGCCCAAGCAAAUACAAAGAUGAGUCGUUUUAACAUCGCUCCAGACAUAGACAGCUGCAGCUCCAACAGCAACGAGUACACAAGCUAUCAGGACUGUCCCACCAAAGUCCCCCUCAACGGAAUGCAAUAUACCGACGUGGACGCGGAAAGCCAGAACUUCCUCCCUGAUCAUCAACUGGGGAAGAAGAAAUAUGAAGCUGAAUAUAGCCCUGGUUCGGCGUCGUUUGGUAUGUCAGUGUUUAACUUGGGCAAUGCCAUCAUGGGAAGUGGAAUCCUGGGACUUGCCUAUGCCAUGGCCAACACUGGCAUCGCCAUGUUUGUGAUGCUGCUGGUCGCCGUGGCCAUUUUCUCCCUCUACUCAGUCCAUUUGCUGCUCAAAACGGCCAACGAAGGAGGUUCUCUGGUGUAUGAACAGCUGGGGUACAAGGCCUUCGGGAUUCCCGGCAAACUGGCAGCGUCCUGCUCUAUCACCAUGCAGAACUUUGGAGCUAUGGCAAGCUACCUCUACAUCGUGAAGUACGAGCUGCCCAUCGUCAUUAAGGCCUUCUUGGACACUAACGACAACUCGUGGUACACUAACGGAGAUUAUCUGGUGCUGAUCGUCACUUUGGUCAUCAUACUGCCGCUCUCGCUGCUCAAAAACCUGGGAUAUCUGGGAUACACUAGUGGUUUCUCCUUGUUGUGCAUGGUGUUCUUCCUGAUUGUGGUGAUCUACAAGAAGUUCCAGAUCCCCUGUCCGUUACCGGAGAACUUCAUUAACAUCACAGUAAACGUCUCUCAGCCGCAGGUCAACACUACAGAUGAAGAAUGCUGCAAACCCAAGUACUUUGUCUUCAACUCACAGACUGUGUAUGCGGUGCCCAUUCUGACCUUUGCAUUUGUGUGCCACCCGGCUAUUCUGCCCAUGUACGAGGAGCUCAAAGAUCGUUCCAGAAGGAAGAUGCAGAACGUUGCAAAUGUCUCGUUCCUGGGAAUGUUUGUUAUGUAUCUGUUGGCUGCUCUCUUCGGAUAUCUGACCUUCAACGAGGCCGUUGAACCCGAGCUCCUGCACACUUACUCAAAGGUCUACAGCGUUGACGUGGUGCUUCUGAUCGUGCGUUUUGCCGUCCUGACCGCCGUGACGCUGACGGUGCCCGUGGUUCUCUUCCCAAUCCGCACGUCAGUCAACCAGCUGCUAGGCGCCUCUAAAGACUUCAGCUGGCCGCGUCACAUCUGCAUCACCGUCGCUCUGCUCGUCUGCGUCAACAUCCUCGUCAUCUUCGUUCCCACCAUCAGAGACAUUUUCGGAUUCAUCGGUGCGUCCGCUGCUGCUAUGCUGAUCUUCAUCCUUCCCUCGGCCUUCUACAUUAAACUGGUGAAGAAAGAGUCCAUGAAGUCAGUCCAGAAGAUCGGGGCCACUUUGUUCCUCAUCAUGGGAUUCUUGGUGAUGACCGGCAGCAUGGCUUUGAUCAUCGCGGACUGGAUCCACAACGCAGGAUCUUCAGACGAGCACGCCGACGGCCACUAGUGGGCGUUUCUUAACCCUGAUUGACAGGCAGAUGGGCGGAGCCGAGCCGCUUACGCUGCAACUGAGAACUAGAAGAAGCUGCUCUAUUUUCAGCGCAGAGCAAAGACAAACAUCCCAUUCUGAGAGAAUGUCCUGAACUUUGUACAGUAUGCUGUUAGGCCACACAGAUGGUGAUCCACUCGUAUUGUUGUGCUUCUUUUUUUUGUUGAUUUGCUUUUCUUUUGUGUUGUUCUUUCGGUACAGCUGAGUUUUCGGUGGUACGUCGCACAGGAACACGUGCAUCAUUCUCCGUAUUCAGGUUAGGCGUUUCGUACUCACAACCAAAACUGAUUUCACGAUCAACACCGAGCGGAGCGCCACCUGCAGAUGCGUGUUCAAUCCGUUUGUACCUUUGCCAAAAAUAUUGGUGUUUGUAUGUAAAAAAGCACUUACUCUUUUUCAGCAAAUGUGAAAAAACUGUAAUUUCGCACAUUUUGGCUGUGCUUUAAACGCAUUCGUUACAAUGCCAUUUAUACUGUACUACUUGAGUCACCUUUACCUGUCGUGUAGAUCUACUAAUGAACAAAUAUUGAUUUGUAGUUGUUGAUUUCAGACAGGAACGGCUGAGUAAAUUUACUGUAACUUAUUUAAACCUGGACGACAGCGAUAGGUGCUUUAAAGUCAACAUGAGACGAAGCAAAUAGGGAAUGUUUGCAGAUCAUUCUGGCAAUGUUUUCUCAAACACACUUAUUCUAGUAACAUUAAUAGAACGUUUGUUCAAGGUUCUCUGGUCUCUCAAAAUAUUAGCGUAAAAACAUUAUUUAUAUGUUGUUCAUAAACGCUUUAGUUGGACAGUUAUCUGGCAUUUUUUAAACACUAAAAUGCAACAUUCUUUCUGAAUUUUAAACAAAUGUAACAUUAAUAGAAUGUUCAUUCAAAGUUGGACGUUACUGUAACAUUUUUUAAAUCUUGCUACUUGUUUUAGAAUGUUCAGAGUAACUUUCCCAUAAUGUUUGCAAAAUUCUAAUUCGAAUGUUCCCUUGACGUUCGCAUAACCAACAAACAAAGUUUAUAAAACGUUUAUAAAAAUAGACAUUUUGAAUGUUAUAAUCAAAACUACUCUUGGUCUAAUUAUGAACAUUUCGCCAUUGCACAGUAUCUGAAACAACUAUUCAACUGACGUCACAUCAAGACGAUGUUUACCAAUAGUCAAGUAACUAUUUAAUCAUUGUUUUAGACUAUCGUAGGUUAUUCAGCCUUUCUAAAACAUUAAGAAAAAUGCAAUAAUAAUGAAUAAUGAUUAAAAAAGAGUCCUGUUUCACUCUGGAAUACGUCACUUUAAUGAAGUAAACGAGUUGCUGGUUGUCAUUUCAUGUCGACUUUAAAGCUUCACAGUAUGAUUGUCAUUUGUUUUGCUUUGUAAACUGCAGAAUUGAAUGGCAGAUCGUUGUUGCCGAGGGGAAAUGAGACUGUUAGUGUUCAACUUGACUUACCAUUCAGUGUUUGCCAUCGGCAGCUUGAAGUUAUUCCCUGAACGAGAGAUAGACAGACUGACAGACAGACAGAGGAGUGUGUGUCGUCCACUAAUCAGCUGUUAUGAGUGUGGUGAAUGGAGAGGUCACAUGACCUCUCACACACACACACACACACACACCUCACUGUGCUUCCAACGGUUAAACCUCAUGUGUCAUCCAACCUGUUACUCUCCAGCCGUUAUUUAUGGAAAAACAUCAGUGUAAUUUAAUCUAUUUUACUAUAUUUAUAUAUAUAUUGUAUAUAUGUGAAUAUACCACAAAAUGAAGUGUAUAUAUGCUGUCAUUUAUUCUUGUUUUUUUCUCAAUUUUGCUCAACAUGUUUGAAAUAUGAAAAUAGCUUUAGAUGUCCCUCUGUGUCGGGGCCCCUGAUCGGCCCCUCUUCAUCUGGCUGUGAAUGUCAUACUGAGCACAAGGUUCCUAUCGUCUUGUGAUCGGCCCCGACACACACACACACACACACACACACACACCUUUUACAUUACUACUAAAAUGCUGUACUCAAACUCGAGAGGGGUGAAGCGCUCCUCAUGUACAAGAGGCCAUUCCUGCGAAUGAUACGCUCUUGUUUCAAUGAAACACUAUGUAUAUCAUGUAAUUAAUGUCUAUUAAAGGUUCAUGAUAACCCA